AUGGUAUUUGAUUAUAUCGACUACAUCUGGCAUAGGCGCGCUCAAUGGCCCGAUACAUAUAUACUGCUAGCGUUCUGGAGUUUAAACGUGCUUGCAUCGAUAUGCUUUGGUGUUUUUGUUACUUUUCAGGGUACAAGUUCAACUAUACAUAGAAAGUUCUUUCAUGUGACGUCAUCUCUCAUAUUUAUUUCUGGUCUCUUUUUUGAUCGUGAUUUUAUCUGGUUAAGUGGCUGGCUGAUGUUCUGCAUAUUUAUCAUUAUAGAGCUUGAUUCAGGUAUCUUUCUGCCUUUAUUCCUCUCUCCAAAUGAUAAAUCACCUCAUUUGUAUCACCUCGCUGGUGUAGCGGCUGUAGGAGUUGGUGACAGCGUCGCUGCCAUAGUUGGUUCAACUUAUGGAACAACGAGAUGGCCUCGGUUUGUUAUCCUACAGAUGCUCAUCCAUGUACGCUACUAA